AUGGACUCAACCCUGCCUCGUCUUCUUCCUCCUCUCCCAUCGGUUCGUCACCAGCACCGUCCGCACCAUCCCAAUACUGUUCCAAGACGUCGCGAUGGCCCCGGCGGUGGUAGCAGCAGGAUGCUGCCGGCGGCGCGUGUCAAGACGGACCGACGAAGACGAGACGCCGGUAGAUUCCGCGCCCAAGGGCUGUUCGGCGACGGCGGCGGCGGAGACGGGCUACGGACCGUGAUGAGGAUGGUGAAGCUCAACUCGGCCAUCCAGAACCGAAGCGUACGGGAGCUCCUCGAGCUGCUCGGCGACGAGUGCCUCUACUUCUUCGGUAACCUCCGCUCCGUUGAUGUUCCGCAGCUGGGCAAGGACAUGUUCCUGCUUCUCCACGCGCUGAUGGUCCGGCACCAAGUGUCGUUCGUGCUCAAACCGUCGCCGAACGAAGCAGGCUUCGACCUGGGCCUAAAAUGGUCUCUAGAAUGGAAGGGGAAGAAGCUGCCUUGGGACCUCGACUGCAACGUCUCCACUAGCCACGUCUACCGGGGCCUCCUGCUCAUCAGCCAAGUGAACAAGAUCUGCGUGCCACUGCUUCAGAGGAUUCUUGGGACCAUCCAGCAGGCAAGCAUCAUGCGUGCAUGGCAAACAGAUAACAGAUUCUGA